AAGGUCAAACAAUAUAUAAGGUGCAAAGCCUUCGUGGAACGAGUACCAUCGCAGCCCAGCCACCCGCAAUCAUCCUAUUCUUACAAUGGUUUUGUCCCUCUGCUCUGAGAUUUCGCUGUUGUCUGCAAAGUACAAGGCGUCCGACAGGAGCACAAAAGAGUCCUCAACAAGUAUAUUGGCAAUAACGACGGUACUUUGACGUUGAAAUGGACAAUUUCGGCGCCAGCGCACAAGAUGUUUUUCUAGAUGGGACUAUUUUACAUGCCCUCCUCUGCACCAAGGGUGGAGUUUGGACCAAGUCGUCGCUGGACCUGGACUUCUUUGUCGCGGCCGACGGCGGAAACUUCGUGUUCAGGAAACCCCACGAGAGCAUCUUAUUGUCCUACUCCUGCUUCAGUUUGCAGAAGUUCGUCUUGCAUGCAUUAUGUCUUGGCCCAGACGGCAGGUUCUACCAUUCGGAGAUUGACCUCAACAAUUACUGGGCGAACAAACGUGGCGCUCUCAAUUCUGAUAACAAGGACGUCUACUGCACUGCUCGUAGUGUCCGCCUCGACACUUCCAAAGGAGUAUUCCUUUAUGCGGAGCUUGCACACUACGAUGGGAGGUGGCUUGCCGAUUCGAUUGAUCUCUCUGUCUGUAUCGUUAAUCACGGAGGAAAGUUAGUGUUCGAGCGACAGUUAGUCGGGCCAGUUUUCAGAAGUUCGUCUGUCACGAUGGGUUAGUUAACGGUUCUCUAAUGCGAUGGUUUCUUUGACCGUGAUGGCUGGCUUGCACGAACGUUUGAGAAUGUGUCGUUCGUCAGUUUCACAGUCGCGGGGAUUCAAACUUUCGCAGGAAAUCCGGUUUGUCUACU